GCUCGUGAGACUGGGUACAAGCACCCUAAACAUCUAUCCUCGCUUUCAAUCUGUUUCUACACUUUCUUGUUACGCACUGGUAUCCGUCUAGUCUAUUCUAUUUUUUGCAACGAAAAGUUCCCUUUCUUCCCUACCCUCCUCUCAGUUUAAUCCAGCCCAGCUUCCGUCCGGAGCCGCUCCAACUUUAGCUCUGAGCAUACGGUUGUCUCUGUUACGUGGACAGCAAACCUCCUCUGCCGUUUCCCCAACUGAACUCCAAAUACCGACGAAACUCCUGAGGAUAUCCGUGUUCACCGCUCCGUUGCCCGUAUCUCUGCCUGCCCUUCCCGGGCCAAACUCCCAUACGAGUAGGAGCGAGACACUCGGAGCUCUCCUACUCGAUCCCAAUCCGGAAAUGAAGGCACCAGCACUGGCCCUAAGAGCGAACCCUACGGGCGCAGAUGCUUGCUUGAGGUGGAGUCACCAAUCGGCACUUGUCAGGGAUACGAUUUAUAUCUACGGUGGCCAGGCGAGGGGGAGCUCGGAUCAGGACAGUGAUACUUGGAGUAGGCUAUUUCAUCCGAGGUUGUGUCUAUGGGGCAGGGCUGAUCUUAACAGAUAACAACUUCUUGACUCUCUCAUUGACAAAUGAUUGGGAUGCGGGAUCGCCGCCUUUGAAGGCGUUGCCUCAGCCGAAGGGGCCACCUGCUGUUGCAAAUGGGUGAGUGCGAGUUCACUUGUGUUCGCGAAAGGUUGCUAACCGGUGGUAUAGGUAUCUGUGGCAUAGUAACAACAAUCUUUACCUUUAUGGCGGCCUUUUCUCCGACAAACCCGUUGCGAAGCCAACGGCGUUCUCAAUAUGGAAGUACGAUAUCGCUGCCGAGGAAUGGUCCGAUAUUACAUCCAAGACCUCCGUUUCUAGCGAUUCCGGCAAUAAACGAAUCGAGAGAGCAGCUGAAGGGGCGGGAAUUAGCGUUCCCCAGCAGAGCAAGGGGUACUACUUUGGUGGCCACCUCGACGCUUAUACAACCGAGGGAUGGAGCGUUCAGACUACGAGGGUAUACUUGAAGAGUUUGUUAGAGUUUGACAUGGAGGGAAAUGUUUUCCGAAAUGUCACCGAGCAUGGUUUAGAGAAAGCAGGUGUUCCCGAGAGGGCCGAUGGCGUGCUGUUAUUUGUAAGCACCCCGAAAGCCACAGCUUUUCGACCACAGGCUGACUCGGCCUCUGUUAGGUUCCUUGGGGUGAGGAGGGUAUACUAGUCGCUCUUGGAGGUGGUACCAAUGAUACUUUCUCACAGCUUAAUAUUGUCGAUGUUUAUGACAUCUCUAAAACCCAGUGGACGAAACAAGCCACAAAUGGACCAACCCCAAAGUACAGGGUCAACCCUUGUGCUGCUGUUGCCUCCGCCGCCGAUGGGAGCUCACACAAUAUCUAUUUCUUUGGGGGUCAAAAUCUGGUGCCUUUUGCAGAACAAAAGCAAUACGAUGACUCCUGGAUUCUUACUAUCCCAUCCUUUACAUGGAUUCAAGUAGAUACAAGUGGGCAGAAUGUACCUCCUGCCAGAGCAGGUCACUCAUGCGAAAUGUAUGGAGGAAAUAUGAUCGUUAUCGGAGGAUACGUGGGCCAGGAACUUUCUUGUGAUAGCCCUGGGAUAUAUGUUUUCAAUGCCUCAGGCGCAUCCUGGACGAAGGGGUUUGUCGCAUCGACAGCCAAAGGUAGUAGGGGCGAAUCCAACGCGGCGUUGGCGGGGCCGGCUGGGUACAAAGUUCCUCAAGUUGUGAUUGAUAUCAUUGGUGGCGAUGCAUAUGGUGGUGCAAGGGUAACCAAACCGGCUCGUGCUCCAGACGAGAAUUCGCCUGUUGCUUCCGGAAAACCUGGUGACUAUAAAUAUACCACCAUCUCUCUACGCCCGACAGGAACGAUCGCUACAAUUACGGGCGCAGAUGGCUCGGUGACCACCUCCACCUCCACCGAUGGCUCUGGGGGGAGUAGUGGUAGCGGUUCUGCAUCCUCUCCAAAGAUCGGAGCAAUUGUAGGUGGUGCAGUUGGUGGAAUUGCAUGCCUAGUCGCCCUUGUUCUUAUAGGUGCCUAUAUAUGGUACCGCAAGAAAAUACGAGAGCUCCGUGAGUCCAGUGCGAGACUCGCCGAGAGUAACGGUCACUCGAGACGGUUGAGCGAAACUGGUCUUAAAGAGAACAGUGGCACCCUCAGGGGUAUGGGGGAAAAUGAGAGUGCGGUGGAUCUCCUCAGUGAAGAGCCGUCAUUCUGGGGUGUUUUAUUGAGUCCUAGGAGAAGCCUUAGGGUCGUCAAUCAU